AUGAUGUCGGCUAUCCGUGCAGCGGAAGUCAACUCUACAUCGCCUGCGGGGGACGCUGCGCUGGUGGCAAAGUGCACCUACAGGAUUUCGAGAUUCUGGUUUGAAAUUCCGACAGUUCAUCAUGUUGAUGAAAGCUGUGGCCGCAUCAGUUUCGACGUGGAUCCUGAUGCCACCGGUCUUGUCCUUCGAGAGGCAUCAGGCUUUUGGCAAGUCGUGCCGUGCCGGCAGAAUCCGGGAGAAUGUCGCGUGGUUUUCCGCGCUUGCCUCUCAGUGUUCAUGAUCAAGUUCAAACAGGUGCAAACUAUGUUGGCAGUGCAGGAUAGGGAUUCCCCUCAUGAUAAGACAGCUGUGCUUUGCGAUCUGGCCCAGUGA